GCAUAUAUAGACCGCUCAUGUCUAGCUCGGAUCAAUACAGAGGCUGAACGCGCAGCUUUCGCUUUACAUCUAACUGAUUCAAGCUAUGUGCAAUGUUAUAUUAAAUUAAGGAAACUUAUAUCUGUGUAAAUAUUGGACGUCAUGACGAAAGAGCAUCAGAUCAUAGCGACUCUAAAAGAGGCAAAAUCUGUUUUAGAUAGGCAAUCAAUUUUGAAAUCUUCAUCUAUGUUUUCUGAAAAGCAAGGACGUUGUUUACAACUUUUCGGAAAUAAUCGCCCGUCUUUGUCCGCUCCUCAAUCCCGGUCAAGUUCUAUGAGGAAAGUUAUUACGGGAGCUGAAAGCGGGAAAUCUACAGUCAUCAGACGAAACAGUCUCCCACUGGAUUGUGAUGCAACAAAGAUCAUACAGUGUAACGAAGGAAAUUCCUGUCCACACACGGACUCUCAAGAGACAUUCCAACGCAUCAGGUCAUUCAAACUGACUUCCAAAGGACUGGUCAAUCAUGGUGAUUCCUUCAGAAAUAGACAUAGGGGCAAAGCUCUGCCGACAAGCGGAUCAUUUAAGUGUGACAAAAGACAACGAUUACCGAGUGAAACCUCGAACGACACGGACAGUUGCUCAAGCAGCGCCAACGAGUAUUAUCGUAUCGCAAUACUUGGUUCUCACAGUGUCGGGAAAACAACACUUAUGAAUCAGUUCAUGACCUCGGAAUAUAUAGGUGGACAAGAAGAUGCCAAUGACAACAGUUCUUCCAUGAAUGUCUCGGUGCUCCUUGAUGGCGAAGAGUCAUCUCUAGAAUUUUGGGACGCUCGCGUCGAUCAGGAUGUCGGUGAGAGUUUCUUCGAUGCCUUCAUCUUUGUAAUCUCGGUGGACGACGUUGCUUCCUUUGAGAAAGCGGGUGAGGCAAUGUGUCGUUUAAGGAAUGACCUCGGCUCCGACCGUCCCAUCAUCCUCGUUGCCAACAAAAUUGAUCUUGUACGCAACCGGAAAGUCACCUCGGAAGAAGCAAGAAAGGUCGCUAAUCAGCAUGAAGCGAAAUACAUCGAGACAUCAGUGACGUUGCACCAUCACGUGGAUGAACUUUUAGUCGGCGUAAUACGUCAGAUCCGGAUGCAAUUACAUGUCACCUUUCCGGAAGUUGUGCCAUUGGAUACCAAUAAACAAAAGUACAUGAAAGGACCUAGAGGCUUUCUAAGAAAAAUUUUAAAACUGAAAAGGAAAAACAAACAACCAAUAGAGAAUGUGAUUGAAUACUGAUUUAUCAUUAGAUAAAUGAUGAGUUGUUUUGACUGUGAUACAUUUAACAUUGCCAAAUAUAUAUUUUCCUUCCCGUUUUAUGACGCCGAUAUCGAAGGCCUGGGGGCAUACUGUUUGGUUGUUCUUUGUUUCUCUGCACCUUUAUCCGUGGUUAUUACGUUUAGAUGUACAAGGAAGACAUCUCUCAUUCCUGACCACGGCUGCUAAUGGUCAAGGUCAUUCAUCGAAGCCAAGUUACAAUUUGGUUUUCAUAAACACAUCUUGUUUCUCUUUACCAGUACUGAAAAUAUGAAUUGUUUUGAACUUAAGGAGGCAUUCUACAUCGUCAUGAUGGCUGAUCCCCCUUUAAAACAUGGAUGAAAAUGUAAAUCAUGUAUCAGCAAUAUUUGUCUAUUCAUUUCAAAUAUUAUUACCUAGCUGGGUAGCUCAGUAGGGCAGCACGUCAACUACAAAAAGAGAAGAAAAAAGCACGUCGACUGCAGAACUGUAGAUCGCGGGUUCGAGACCAGCAGGGGUUUUAAUUUUUUUCCAGAUUGCUUUCUACUAAAACUGCAUUUUUUGACUAUAUAAAGUAAAGUAGAAGUUUUCAAUUUCAAAAUAUUGUUGUAUAUAUCCUCCAAUUGUCAUUCAAAUUUCUCUGGUGUAGCAUUCUUCCUUAAAAUACAUUUGUCAAAAUGACUUUUAUUAUCAUUGUAAGUUUAUUUCGGAAUUACAAUCUUGAUUUUAUACAUUUUAAUUGUUGUAUUGAACUAAAGGAUUUUGGUGCAACAUCUAUAGGUUGCAUUCAGAGUUUUAUUAGUCUAAGAAAAAUCGCAUUUAAUGUAUGUAUUGUCAUUCCUAUUUUGCAUUAAAUUAUGACAUAUUAUAAAAGAAAA